GAUUUACCCUUCUCUAACAUCCUACAGGUUGCAAGAGCAGUGAUGUCUGACUCUCCUCAGAGUGGUGAAGGAAAAGGAAUGUCGUUAGAAGAUCUCAUUAGCUCACUGGCUUCUGACCCAUUUUUAACAAGGAGACAGAUUCCCAGAACUCCAGAAAAUCUGCUUACUGAAAUUAGAAGCUCGUGGAGAAAUGCUGUUCAGACUGAGAGCUCCUCCGGCAUAGAGCUGACCCCAACUGAAGUAAUGAAAGACGAAUCUCCAAUGGAUGCUAGACCUAUAAUGCAGAAGGUGGCGGACUCUAGUUUGAUGCACUCUAUCCAUGCAUCUCCAGUACCUGGCUUCAAUCCUCCCAUGUCAGAAAGGAAGUCCCAAUUAAGUUCUACGGAAUUUAGAUCUGAAGAGCAGAUAAGUCAUAUCAUUGAAUCUUCAAUUUUGGAAACAUCUGAAAUGCGAGAGAAUGAGAGACCUGAAGAACACGAAUUAGAAUGUUCUGUUUUGUUCAAAAAUUCUGUACAAGAUACAGAAGAACAGACUUUUCCGGAUGUAAAGAGCGUGAAUGCUUCAGAUGUUUUUUCAGAAAACAAUAGUGGAACAAAUGUUCAACCUUCAGACCACUCUUGGAGUUCUUUAAUGGAUAAGAUGCUGCACUGGAAUGCAUCUCUGUUAAGGUCUGGUAGUCCUAAAACUUUCCGCUCAGGGAUAUUGAGUGAGACGUUUCCAGAAGAACUUGAUACCUUAGACCUCAGCAAAUCUGAAAGCUCAGAGUCUGAUUUUGAUGUAAUAGACAGUGCAUAUGUAACAGGGCUUUCAAAAAAUAAGGGAGAUACUCAAAAAUCAAAGCUAGAUCUACAUUCCCUGUUUGACACACAUAAAGCACUGCAAGAGGCUGCAUCUGGAAGUGAAGAGGAGUUGCAUGAAACGCAUAGUGAAGGUGAAUCUGUAAGUUUUAGCUCAGAAAAAAGAGAAAGAGAUGAAUUGUGGGGUCCUCGAAAAGUCUUUUGCUUGGAUGAAGAAUUUAGCAAGACACCAUCGCCAAUAUCUCUUAAUGAUAGAAAAUAUUCCCUGUCACUAUUGCUGGAAUCCUAUCAACAUCUGGAGGAAAUGGCAUCAAUGGUACAUGAAAUCCCAUUAGACUUAAUACGAAAAUUGGAGGAUAAAGAGCAGUUGAAUGAGAAGCCAAGCAUGAAGGAACCAUCAUCAGAACAGAAUUUGUAA